CUCCCCCUUCGCCCACGAACCCUAAAUCCUAAAUGCAGCUGUAGGGAGGCCAGAUCGAGGGCUAGGACGACUUGCCAAGAUGCCAAAAAAAGAAUGCCUAGAAGCACCACAAUGUCGUCGUGUAAAAAGGAACUGCCCUUGUGGUGUGCUGGCAAAAUAUGGCCUUGUUCCCUCGGAGCUUGGUGUAGGACUGUAUUGUGGUCAUACGGUUGACCGUGAUAUUAGUACUCGGAAAUGUGAUUGGGAGCAAUAUUGGGAGCAAGACGAGGUGGAGGCUAGGCUGAAGGUUAAAGAUAAUUGGCUGGAUCAUUAUAUUAUGACCCGCAAGAAGAAGGCUCGUUCGCUGGCUAAUUUGAUUUGUGAAAGCCGUCUACGAAACCCAGAGAAGUUUCCUCCUACCUCUGAAGGUGACAUGGACACAAGUCAGCACGCUGCUCAAUUGGCAGACGCUAGACGAGGGAAACGAAAGUUGGAUGAGGGUCGGUCCUUGUUGUCCCAGCAACUUGCUUCGGGUCCUGCUGGUGAUCCCGUUGUUGUGGAGCAGGUUGUGGAUGAUGUUCCCCAUGGUGUCUCUUUGGGUCCUGGAGAUUUUGUCAAUCAACAUCACAUGCUAGAUGAAGUAGACGAUGAGCUCUUUUCCCAAGCAGCGGCCAAAGCUGAGGCGGAGUACUAUCAAAAAAAGGCAACAAAUGUAUUGGAUUGGGGGGAGAUGGACGACGAGCUUGAUUCGCAAGUAGCAGAUGCGAUGGAGGAGGCGUAUGCGGCGCAAAAAACGGUCCCAGUGAUUAACCCGUCUCCUUGUAGGGAGGAUGCGUCGUCAUCGGACGAGGAUCUUCUUUCUGGUUAUGUUUCACCAUCGUGAAUGUAAUGCUUUCUCGGCGCUUCGGGACUUUCGAUUCCAGGGAGAACCCGGGGUCGGCGUCAAAGGACUAAACGCCGAGCUUUCUCACAUCGGCGCUUCGGAACCCUCAGUUCCAGGGAAGACCAGGUUUCGGCGUUAAAAGAUUAAACGCCGAGGUCAUGUAAAUGUUGAUUUUAAAACACUUGGACUGGUUUUUGCACGAAGGCUUUUCACCAGAUUGCCAACAUCCACUUUGAAGAUA